CCUUGAUGAUAACGUUUACGUCCUUGAUGAUAACGUUUACGUCCUUGAUGAUAGCGUUUACGUCCUUGAUGAUAACGUUUACGUCCUUGAUGAUAGCGUUUACGUCCUUGAUGAUAACGUUUACGUCCUUGAUGAUAACGUUUAUGUCUAUUGGUCUGAGCUUUCCGGAGUCUCGCAUUAAAAAAGGCGAAGUAUCUUUGCGAUAAUCGAAGCUCGAAACGCAGUUGGAGAGGUUCUUGGUUUAUCAUCAUUACUUAGUUCGAAGAGGGCUUUCAAUUCCGUAAAUAUACCCAAAAGUUUUGUGCAUUAUGAUCAUAUUGUACAAGUACGGGGUAUUGU